UCUGCGGAAAAAGGAUAAAUAAAUUCAUCCAACCCUAACAAAAACCCUAGCACCCUUGCAUCGCUUGGUGACGGCAGUAGCAAGAAACUCCAUUCACAAUGGGUAUCGAUUUGAAGGCAGGAGGUAAGUCCAAGAAGACCAAGCGCACCGCUCCCAAAUCCGAUGACAUCUACCUCAAACUCGCCGUCAAGCUGUACCGUUUUCUUGUUCGGAGGACUUCGAGUAAUUUCAACGCCGUCAUCCUCAAGCGCCUUUUCAUGAGCAAGGUCAACAAGCCUCCGCUAUCGCUCUCUAGGUUGAUCCGUUACAUGAAGGGGAAGGAGGACAAGAUUGCUGUGGUUGUUGGGGCUGUGACCGAUGACAUUCGUGCGUACGAGGUUCCUGCGCUGAAGGUAACUGCCCUGAGGUUCACUAAAACUGCCAGAGCUAGAAUUCUGAAGGCUGGUGGGGAAUGUAUCUCCUUUGAGGAACUGGCUCUUAGAGCUCCACUUGGCCAGAACACGGUUCUUCUUAGAGGUCCUAAGAAUGCCCGUGAGGCUGUCAAGCACUUCGGACCAGCUCCUGGUGUGCCCCAUAGUCACACCAAGCCCUAUGUCCGUGCAAAGGGAAGGAAAUUUGAACGGGCCAGAGGAAGAAGGAAUAGCAGAGGCUUUAGAGUUUGAGCACUGGAACUCAAACAUGAAGGAAUUUUCCUUUUACCAUAUGAUCAUUAAGCAUUGUUUUCUCGUGUUUUUGGAACAAUUUGUUAAUGUUAGUUUAAUUUUCCUUUUGAAAGGGAAAAAAUUUGAAACGCUUUCCCCGAACAAUUUUGUUCUAGCACAAACUACUUUUGAGAGGAUUAAUGAGUAGCUCUUGUUCUACCUGAUUUUGCCACGAUUA